AUGUUUGAUGAUGAGUUUAACUGGAUUAUGGAACAAAAUUUUUCUGCUGUUAAGAAUGCCAAUAAAACAAAUGAAGCAAUGAGGGUCAACGAAAAACACGAGACGGAUUCGGAUGAUACUGAAAUUGAUGAAGAUUAUGCAGCAGGCAGUGAACCUCAACAAGCUAAACCAGUAGCCAGCUGUAGCUCAAACUGUGCGUCAGGUGAACAACAGCUGAAUGGUCGUCAAAGACGAGCUCGAAACCACAAAUGUCAACAGUGCGACAAAAACUUCGAUUCUCCAUUUCGUCUCAAACAACACCAAGUGGUGCACACUGGCAUACGAGCUUACCAGUGCCCAACAUGCACCGAGUCAUUUGGGUUAAAGAGAAAUCUCAAACGACACCAAAUGGUGCACAAUAACAUACGAACCUACCAGUGCCCAACAUGCCCUAAGGCAUUCAGUAGGGCUGAUGUCCUCAAAGAACACCAAUUACUUCACACUGGCAAGUCUCAGUCAACUAAAUCAGUGAUCAAAACUGAAAAGCAAAAUAAAUCUAAUGUUGCUACUUGGCCUGAUCUGAGCCGUUUUACUAACAUUACCAUUUACGAUUUAAAGCUUCAUUUGAGUUUGUUAAAGGAGUAUUCUGCCAAAAAGAAUGCCAAUGAAACGAAUGAGACAGUGAAAGUCAAGGAAAAACACGAAACUGAUUCGGAUUCCACUGAAAUUAAUGAGGAUGAUCAUUCAGCAGUCAGUGAAUCUCAGUCAACUAAAUCAGUGAUCAAAACUGAAAAGCAAAAUAAAUCUAAUGUUGCUACUUGGCCUGAUCUGAGCCGUUUUACUAACAUUACCAUUUACGAUUUAAAGCUUCAUUUGAGUUUGUUAAAGGAGUAUUCUGCCAAAAAGAAUGCCAAUGAAACGAAUGAGACAGUGAAAGUCAAGGAAAAACACGAAACUGAUUCGGAUGCCACUGAAAUUAAUGAGGAUGAUCAUUCAGCAGUCAGUGAGUUUCAACAAAACACCGAACCACUGGUCAGCCGUAGCUUGAGCAGUUGUGAAAAGCAAACUAAAAACCACAAGUGUCCGCAUUGCGACAAAAGCUUUUCAAUUGCAACUGCUCUCAAACGACACCAGCUGGUACACAAUGGCAUUAAAGCCUACAAAUGCCCAAUAUGCUCCAAAGCAGUUGGGCAGAAAAGUACUCUUAAAACACACCAACUGCUCCAUACUGGCAUUCAAGCGCACAAGUGCACAAUUUGCACUAAAUCCUUCUCACUAAAGUCUCAUCUCACUCGACACCAGUUGGUGCACAAUGACGUUAAAGCCCACCAGUGCCCAACAUGCUCCAAAUUAUUCAAGGAGAAGGGUGAUCUUAAGAAACACCAACUACUUCACACUGGCAUUAAAGCGCACAAAUGUACAGUUUGCUCUAAAUCAUUUACGCAAAAAGAAUUUGAAACAGUGGUAAAAACUGAAAAGCAAAAUGAAUCUACAAUUGAUAUGUUUGAUGAUAAGUUUUAUUUAAUUAUGGAACAGGAUUUUUUUGCCAAAACAAAAGCUAAUGAAACGAGUGAAUCAGUAAGUGACAAAGAAGAACUUGACACCGAUUCGGAAGAAACUGAAAUUGACAAUGACUAUGCAACAGUCAGUGACAAAAAACUAAUUUCACGCAGCACCAAGCAGCUCACAGCGACUUUCAACCUUUUAAAUGCUCCAUUUACUGACUUCCACUAUCUGGGUAUUCGCUUGCUGAUGAUCCUUCAGUGUCUUUUGGACGAUUUUCUCGAUUUGAAAGAUGCCAAUAGAAAGGAUGAUUUGGAUCAAGAAUGA